AUGGUGCAAGCGGAAGCCCUUCCAACUGAAGUUACAAGUUAUAGUUUCACGCGGGCCAUUUGGAAAGGGUUUGUCCCUCCAAGGAUUGAGCUCUUGUCUUGGUUUGUGCUGAUUGGAAGGGUGAAUACUAAGGACCGGUUGUGUAGACUACGUGUUAUUGAUCAGCAUGAUACGCUGUGUGUGCUAUGCUCUAAGUCUGAGAAAACUGUGUUCCAUUUGUUUCUUGGUUGUGAUAUCACCUGGCAGGUGUGGUGUGCUUGGCUGCAGGCGUUUGGUAGGAAUUGGUGCCCUCCCGGUAAUCUCAAGGAACACUUCGAAAGCUGGAUAAACAUGGCAAUCUGGAAGGUGGAGAGAAAGAGGUGGUUCCUUGGGUUCUUUGCUGUUAUCUGGACAAUCUGGUUAGAAAGGAAUAGCAGGCUGUUUCGAAAUCACAGUUCCAGUAUGCGGGAAAUUAUAAACAAGUCAUUUGCGCAUGCAGAAGAAUGGAUUGGCGGUGAACCCUUUGGUUGUUGA